CAACUCUCUAUCCAGCCAAACGGCGAAUCCCUUCUGGCUUCUCAUGAGCGCAGUAAAUUAUAACUAAGCGCUACAAAAUGCCUCGCAGUGGACUUGCUGCUGGCUCAGCAAGCCCCCGCUCUCCAGUGAGAGAAGCAACUGGCACCAUGUCCCGCUUGUAUCAGCGCUCGUACCCGGUCGUCGACGCUGUCGCGCUGGCGUGCAUUGUAGGGGCUUGGAUACUGAUUCAGAUAUUUGCGACCCCCUUUCAUCGCAUGUUCUCUCUCGACAAUAAAAGUAUCCAGUAUCCCUUCGCUGUCGUGGAGAGAGUUCCCGUUGUUUGGUCUAUCGUCUAUGCUGGGGUCAUUCCGUUUCUUGUCCUCCUCGCCUGGGCAGCUGUGUUCCGUCCAUACCCUCACAAGGUCCAAGUGACCUUGCUGGGCUUCCUCAUCGCGCUUAUGCUAACGAGCCUUAUCACCGAUAUCAUAAAGAACGCCGCUGGGCGACCUCGCCCUGAUUUGAUUUCUCGCUGUUUACCAAGGAAGGGUACCCCCAAGGAUUUGUUGGUCUCAUGGACGGUGUGCACUCAAACCAACGAGCACAUCCUACAAGAAGGAUGGAGGAGUUUUCCCAGUGGCCACAGUAGCUUCUCAUUUGGUGGACUCGGUUAUAUGUCAUUAUUCCUCUCCGGUCAGAUGCACGUCUUCAGACCGAGGACCGACCUCUGUCGCUGCCUUGUGGCUUUUGUUCCGCUCCUCGGCGCUCUGUUAAUUGCCAUUUCUCGUCUGGACGACUACCGUCACGAUGUGUACGAUGUUACUUGUGGAUCGCUGCUUGGGUUGACGGUAGCUUAUUUCUCGUACCGACGAUAUUAUCCGGCCCUUCGGUCAAUCAAGUGCGACUGCCCCUAUGGCAGAGACGAUAUCAUCGGCCCAGAUGGAUUCUCCAAACUGCCUGGUGAUGAGGAACAGCAACUGCCGGGCUCAGCAUCUGUUGCGCGUCAAUGGGAUGCUCGGGAAUCCUAUCAACUUGCGGAGUCUGCAUCCUCUUAAGGGGUAGAUACCAUUUGCCACAUUUUCAACAUCCCCUGUUCAUUUCUGUGAUACCCUAGAUUUUCGUGUUAUCGAUGUACCGUUACUUUGGACGCUCGCUUUCAUAGUAGCCAAUUACUUGUAUUGUCCGCUCAAUGCUGAUAAUUUUGGAUAUUAAAUUACUCAUACUUAUUCUUACAACUUGGAAAUGUCCCUAUGCUGUACAUUGGUCCAUUCCUUGACAUCGUGGAAGUCCAUCACUCUGUUGGGCCCUCCAAACCGUCCCAAAGUGUCGCUCCAGUUUCUAUCAGAAGCAAUUUCUGGGCUCCACUUGAUGAGAUCGUGGACCUUCUGAGGGACUUUGCCCUCCAUGGCAUCAACAAUGAGACUUCCGAUGGAUGGUAGGUAUUUGUAGCCUAUUUUAAAGGUGCGGGUUAGUAGCGGAAACGCAUCUCGGU